AUGGUAUUGGUUUUUGUACAUGCCGAUAACCGGUAAUGAGGCGGGGUUUCCACGGCGGGGAGAGGUAUGCGGCAUGCCUCGGUAUCAAGCACAAUAUCACCGCCGUCGUUGCCUUCGUAACCGAGUAAUAUACGAAAUAAGAUUCUCAACAUGCCCACUCUUUUCCAUAACGGUCGUUUUUUCCAGUCGGGAAUUCUGGGGGAAAAUCACUCUUUUGCAGAGUGCAUGGUGAUUGAUGGAGAAGGAAAAAUCGUCUACGUAGGCUCGUCGGCCGACGAGCAAGUACGACAGUCCGAGGCUAAGGGGAUCACGAAACACGAUAUCGGUGGUCGUGUUGUGCUACCGGGGUUCAUAGAUGGGCAUAUGCAUCUGUUGAUGAUGGGCCAGUCACUCCAGAAGGCCGCAUUAGAGCAAUGCAAAAGCUUCAAUGAUAUCCGAAAAGUACUCAAAGAUUUUGCUGCGACGCAUCCGUCCGCGUCUCGAAUACUGGCCAAAGGGUGGAUGAACUUCAUGACGGACGGCAAAGCCUUGGCAACUAUGCUCGAUGAUAUUGAUCCCCGCCCCAUUUUCAUUGACUCUAAAGACCUUCAUUCUACUUGGUGCAAUACUGCGGCAUUGAAAGACCUGGGUGUGCAGAACAUGCCCGACCCCGAGGGAGGGAAGAUAUACCGAGACGAGAACGGGAACCCCACAGGUCUUCUGACUGAGUCUGCAGCAGUUACUAUUGUAUGGCCUCACGUCGCCAAAGUUGCGUCGAUGGAGGAGAAGCUAGCAGCUGUUAGAGGGGCAAUAGGGGCGUAUAAUGCCGUUGGAUACACAGGCUUGGUCGAAAUGGCAAUGGACGAGAAUGGUUGGGAGGUUCUACAAGAGUUUCGCAAACAAGAAACCUCGCCAAUGCGCUACGCGGUGCAUUGGCUCAUCACUCCCCGCAAAAAUGAAGUCGAGAAUUUGGCGCAGGUUGAUCGGGCGAUUGAGCUCAACCGGCAGUUCAAUGCGGAGACGACCCCAGAUUGCCGAGUGGUUGGCAUCAAAGUCAUCUGUGAUGGUAUAGUUGAUGGUUGCACUGCCGCCUUGACAGAGCCGUACACGUCCAACGGUUUCACUUGCGAACCGAUAUGGUCAUUGGCGGAUCUCGGCCCAGUGGUGAAGAAGGCAGAUGCCGCUGGGCUGCAAUGCGCUCUUCACGCGAUAGGCGACAAAACAAUUAAGAUCGCCAUCGACGCAUUAGAGCAGAACGCAACGCCCGGACGUAGACACCGGAUUGAGCACCUCGAGCUCGCAUCCUCUGAGGACGCUGCGCGGUUGGGCCAAUUGGGCAUUACUGCAUCUAUUCAGGCAGUACAUGCAGACCCAGCAAUCCUGCGAGCCUGGCCAACUCUGAUAGGACCCAAGCGCUGUGAGCGGGCAUUUGCUUAUACGGAUUUCGCGCAAGGAGGUGCGGUGCUAGCGCUGGGCUCCGACGCUCCGACGGCGCCGCAUGCACCACUCACGGGCGCCUACACGGCGACGACGCGCCGGUCAGGUCGGGAACCAGAGCUAGAAGACCGAGUCAACCCCCAUUUCGCGCUCGAGUUAGCAGCGGCCAUCGCGGCGGGCACCGAGGGUUCAGCGCACAGUUGCUUCAUGGACUGGGCGGGUAAGCUGGAAGCCGGGCGAGUGGCCGACUUUGUCGUCGUGGAUAUGGAGUGGAGCAGCGAUAAGCUGUUGCAAGCGAAGGUAGUCCAGACUUGGUUUGAGGGGAAGAAAGUGUUCGAUGCCAACACGGCCGCGUCAUCCUAGGUAGGCAGGCCAUCGUCGAGCCAGCGAACAGGAACGCUUAGAUGUUCCAAGAGUACAUGCACUAUACAGAGGCCCCCGCACACCCGAGUGCUUACUCCAGCAAACUGGGUGUUUCCGCCUCCUUCUCUUAUCUUUCUUUUUUGGUUGUCUCCUUUCGUUCCGUCGUCUGCACCU